UGAGCGACGCAGUUCGGCGCCCUCCGCGCAGGCGCACUCCCAGACCAACGCGGUCGCAGCCACACGCUCCAGUCCCAGGAGUGAGGCGUCAGAGGGGCUCGAACUUCUCAGCCUCAGCCCCCGGCGGGGUGGGACGAGCUGACGACCGCUCUCUGGGAGUUGUAGUUCUGCGCCCGCCCAGCUAGGCGCAAUUUCGGCCAGCAGCGGGCGUGGCCUUCCUCCUGGCAUUCCUCCAAGGAGUGCGGAACUAGAGGGUCCCAGGGUGGAAAACAAGGCGGCGCCAGGAUUCAGAGCCCCUCAACCUCAGCCACCCAGGAGGGGGCGUGGCAAGCGGGAAGACGAUCGGUGGCGCGCGCCACCCUCUGGGAGGUGUAGUUCAGCGUCGGUACGCAGGCGCAGUGCGCUCCGUGGCGGCCUCAGUCUUUGUCCUACAGUCCAGCGAACUGCCUACAGAGGAGCUGACUAUUCCUGCAAGAGGCCCGAGGAGGAGGGAAUGACUGCUGGGCUCCUCACCGCCGGGGACCCGGAGCAAGUGACUUUUGAGGACGUGGUCGUGGACUUCACCCAGGAGGAGUGGGGGCAUCUGGAGCCGGCCCAGAGGACCCUGUACCGAGAUGUGAUGCUGGAGACCUUCGGGCUCCUGGUCUCUGUGGGACACUGGCUCCCAAAGCCGGAUGUCAUCUCCCUGCUGGAGCAGGAGGCAGAGCUGUGGGCAGCGGACGAGGGAGGCCCCCAAGAUUUGGAAACCAGACCCCAAAGCAAGCUAUCAACUGAAAAGCAAGGUGUAACUGAAGAAAUACCCAACAGUGCCCUGGUAGAAGGGUUCCUACAGGAAAGUCUGUGGCACUCUAAGGAUGAAGAUGCUGCAGGCAACAGGGAACAGGGCCCUGAGAAGUCAGAUAGCUGUGUGGUGCAGGCGGCCUGCACACCUGUGAAGACACCGACACAGGAGCAGCAGCAGGGUAAUGGGUGUGGGGAAAACUUGAGUCUGAGGCCAGAUCUCCCAACUCAACCAAUGACUCCUGAAAGGCAAGGUGCCCCAAUGCGGGGAACACAUGGACAGAGGGAGAAUUCAAACUCAAAUGCUCAACAGAAAACCUGUGCAAAAGAGAAGCCCUAUGGAUGUCAGGAAUGUGGAAAGGCCUUUAGUCACAGCUCAGCACUCAUUGAACACCACCGAACACACACAGGAGAGAGGCCUUAUGAAUGUCAUGAAUGUGGAAAAGGCUUUCAAAACAGCUCAGCACUUACCAAACACCAGCGAAUCCACACUGGUGAGAAGCCUUACAAGUGUACUCAGUGUGGGAGGACCUUCAACCAAAUUGCCCCAUUGAUCCAGCACCAGAGAACUCACACGGGUGAGAAACCCUAUGAGUGCAGCGAGUGUGGGAAAUCCUUCAGCUUUAGAUCCUCCUUCAGCCAACAUGAGCGGACGCACACAGGUGAGAAGCCCUACACGUGCAGUCAGUGUGGAAAGGCCUUCCGACAGAGCAUCCAUCUCACCCAGCACCUGCGAAUCCACACUGGGGAGAAGCCAUACCAGUGUGGAGAGUGCGGCAAGGCCUUCAGCCACAGUUCAUCCCUGACUAAACACCAGCGGAUCCACACUGGGGAGAAGCCCUAUGAGUGCCAGGCAUGUGGAAAAGCCUUCACCCAGAUCACACCACUGAUUCAGCAUCAGAGGAUACACACAGGCGAGCGGCCUUAUGAGUGCAGUGAGUGUGGGAAGGCUUUCAGCCAGAGCACACUCCUGACUGAGCAUCGGAGGAUCCACACAGGAGAGAAGCCCUAUGGGUGCAACGAGUGUGGGAAAACCUUCAGUCACAGCUCAUCGCUUAGCCAGCACGAGCGGACACACACAGGCGAGAAACCCUAUGCAUGCAGGCAGUGUGGGAAGGCCUUCCGGCAGAGCACACACCUCACUCAGCAUCAGAGAAUCCACACGGGGGAGAAGCCCUACAAGUGUAGUGACUGUGGUAAGGCCUUCAGCCACAGCUCAUCCCUGACCAAACACCAGCGGAUCCACACUGGGGAGAAGCCCUAUGAGUGUAAUGAGUGUGGUAGAGCCUUCAGCCAGCUUGCUCCACUCAUUCAACACCAGCGGAUCCACACAGGAGAGAAGCCCUAUGAGUGUAAUCAGUGUGGCAGAGCCUUCAGCCAGAGCUCCCUCCUCAUAGAACACCAGAGGAUUCACACCAAGGAAAAACCCUAUGGGUGCAAUGAAUGUGGAAAAUCCUUCAGCCACAGCUCAUCGCUCAGUCAGCACGAGAGGACACACACUGGGGAAAAGCCCUACGAGUGCCAGGACUGCGGAAAGUCCUUUAGGCAGAGCACCCACCUCACUCAGCACCGGAGGAUCCACACAGGAGAGAAGCCAUAUGAGUGCAGGGACUGUGGGAAGGCCUUCACACACAGCUCCUCCCUUACCAAGCACCAGAGAACUCAUACUGGGUAGACCCACUCCAUGUGUGCUGGGACCCAGCAAAGCCUUAAGCCAUAGCACAUCACUUACUACAUUUGACCCAGUCAUACUCCUGAUAAACAAUACACUGUAAACAAGCCUUUGUGCUCAACACACCCCUAAGACUCCCACACAGAGUUGACAUUUAUGGAAAUGACUGUGGGAAUAGCAAGCUCUGGGUCAUCUAUCCCAGACAGCCAGUCAUCCAGACAGUAGGGAAGUGUGAAGUUAAUCACUAUUGAGGACCUUUAGCCAUGAGUGCCCACCAAUGCUUCACUAUAGAACCUACAAAAGGGAGAAAUGGAAAAAAUGUAGUGAACAUGGGGUGGCUUCUAAGAAGUCACCAUAUUCUAAACCAGAUAUUUUGAAAGUGGUGAGAAACUCAACAAAUGCCUUUCAUAUAAAAGAAUCAGAUGCAGUCAGAAUUUGUCAUUAUUGCACAUGACAUUCUUGUGGCUAGGUGCUUAUGAAAAGUGCAAGUUGACUUUCAUAUUUGCUAAAACCAAUAUGGCAGAGUGUUCCAGACAUGAGAGUGGCAUUUUUAUGGAAUCAUGAAUAUUCAAAUAUCUCAGCACAAAAUUUUCUGAUUUGUGUGUAAUUGAACAAGGUACAUGGCCACCAGUCUCACAAAUGUGAAUGCCAUAUGAUAAUUAUCCAUGUACUAUAAACAGAUUUUAAAAUAGUUGUAUGCAUUAUGUGGCAAUAAGUUAAUUUUUAUAUGCAAUGGAACUGAAAAGAUUUGUAUAGGAAGACUUGAAAGGUAGAGCCCCUUCCACAGAGUCUUGCAGAUUCUGAGAUGGCUUUUACUGCUUUGUUCUUGCUAUAAAAUUUUCUACCAGACUCAAAGGCAUUAGAAAUGCAGAUGUUGCUGUUUCACAGAGAAGAUUUAUCUUUGUUAAGUCACCAUCUUGGGGCUUCCCAGAUGACUCAGUGUUAAAGAAUCCACCUACCAAGCAGGAGAUGCUGUUUUGAUCCCUGGGUCAGGAAGCUCUCCUGGAGAAGGAAAUGGCAACCCACUCCAGUAUUCUUGCCUGAGAAAUCCCAUGAAGGGAGGAGCCUGGCAGGCUACAGUGCAUGGGGUAACACCUAAUUUUAUCUUGGCAAUUUUUCAUUUUUCCUCCCAAAGAGGGGGCACUCCUCAGUUGUGUGAGCUUCGACUCCAAUGAAUCUGGACUGAUCCCUGACUCAAGAUACUUAAGAAAGACAUUUAUAGUGAUGAUGUUCAUAGAUUUUAUAUAUGCAUUGAAGACAUACAUACCAAAUCUUGUACACAGAAAAAUUAGUCAUCUGUACACUGAAAAGUCAAAAGUAAUAGUUCCUAUGUGCUGGGAACAUGAGAAAAUAUUUUUUCUCCCUCCCCCCCUUUUUUUUAAAGUUUUCCGUGAUUGGGAGAAGUUUUUUCAAAAUGGUGGAAAGUGAAUUUUAUAGAAACCCAGUAAAUAAUUUUCAAGAAAAUUUAAAAAGCAAAAACAAAUAUAACUAAAAUUCCAUGACUCCAACAAAACUAUUUUAAGUUUUACACUUUCUUUGCUAUGAUUUGACCACAUUCACUGUCUUAUAGUUACAACAAAAUAAAUAUUUAUAAUUUACUUACUAAGCAAUGCUUAGAAAUAAGUUUUUCUGUGUUGCCACACAGUCUUCUUAAUUAUCAUUAUGCUUAUUAUUCCUUUGAAUAACUCUACCAAAAUUUAAGUCAUAGUUCCUCUGUAAUUGGGUAUUUAACUCCAUGUAAAUGAACAUCCUAGUCACUUGUGUAUAUUUUGCUUUUAGUAUCCCACAAAGGUCCAGGAAGGAUUUCAGCCUCGAUGUAUACAGCCUUCUCCGUCCCCUGCCCCACCCCCCACCAACUAAUUCUUUAAAAAAAAAACAACUUUAUUUUUGGCCCUGCCACACAGCAUGUGGGAUUUUCAUUCCCCAACUGGGGAUCAGACCCAUGCCCUUUGCAUUGGAAUCUCAGAGUCUUAAUCACUGGACCACCAGGGAAGUCAUUCCUCACUAACUCUUUAGGAAAAAUCAUCAUGUCUUUACAUUUCAAGAAACACAAAUGUAAAAGUAAGUCUUAAGAAAUUGGGCUGUUUGUGUUCCAAGUAUUUGCACUGGUUGACACUGAUUUACAAAGCUCAUCAACCCAGGCAAUGAUGGGGGGUAUGUAUUAGUCUGCUUGGACUGCCAUAACAAACAGGUUAGCUGGCUUAAACAACAGAAAUUUACUGCUGGAGGCUGGAAGUCCAACUUAUGGAGUUAUGGAGCUACAGAGACUGAAAGUCCAAGAUCAAGGUGCUGUCAGGGUUGGUUUCUGGUGAGACCUUUUUCUGUAACUUCCUCUGUGCACACUCGGCAAGAGAGAGUAAUCUCUGCUCUUUCUUCCACUUCUUAUGAGUCCACCAGUCUUAUGGGAGUAGGGCCCCACCUGUGUGACCUCAUUUAACCUUAAUUAUCACCCUAAAGGCCCUAUCUCUAAAUUAUGGGUUAGGGCUUCAACAGAUGAACUGGGGAGGAGGGGCAUGGCAGCACACGACUCAGGCAUAGCAGAGGGUAGUAAGCAUUUCCUUCACAUUGGAAUUCAUUCCCAUCUUGCCCGGUUGCCUUUUAUGUGAUUUUACCUUCCCCUGUCCCUUUGAACAUAGGCAUCCUCUGACACAACAGGUUUCCCUGGUGGCUCAGUGGUAAAGAAUCUGCCUGCCAGUGCAGGAAACACAGGUUCAAUCCCUCAGUUGGAAAGAACCCCUGGAGAAGGAAAUGGCAACCCACUCCAGUAUUCUUGCCUGGGAAAUCCCAUGGACAGAGGAGCCUGGUGGGCUACAGUCCAUGGGUUUGCAGAGUCAGACACGACCUAGGGAUUAAACAAACCCUCUGAUACUCCUUGUGAACCUACUAACACUCAAGCAGCAGCAACAACUACAAGACAGGGAUGUGAAUGAGGAAAUAAAUCCUUGAUUAUGUUAAGCUCCUGUGAUUUGGGCAUGAUUACAACAGAAAUGUAUUGCUGGAGAAGACUCGUGAGAGUCCCUUGGACAGAAAGAUCAAACCAGUCAAUCCCAAAGGAAAUCAACCCUGAAUAUUCAUUGGAAGGUUGAUGUUGAAGCUGAAUCUCUAAUAAUUUGGCCACCUGAUGUGAAGAGCUGACUCACUGAAAAAGACCCUGAUGCUGGGAAAGAUUAAAGGCAGGUAGAAAAGGGGGUGACAGAGGAUGAGAUGGUUGGAUGGCAUCACCGACUCAAUGGACAUGAGUUUGAACAAACUGGGAGAUAGUGAUGGACAGGGAGGCCUUGGCAUGCUGCUGUCCAUGGGUUUGGAGAGUCAGACAUGACAGCAACUGAACAACAACAGACUUCCUGCCCAAAAACUGACAGAAAUAGGCAACAGUAUCUAUAGAAAGCAGUUAAGUUUAUGCGCAGGCAAAAAAAAAAAUGAACAAUGCUAGAAUCUGAGACUGAAUGCAGAAAUCAAAAGAUCACCUUACACAGCCCAAGGAGUUAAGUUCAGACAAAGCUCAUCAACCUUUACUUGUGUUUUCACUUUUUUUGAUCACUAUCCUCCCCACUCCCUGCCAAGUAAAAUACAUAUUUUACAUUGCAUCCGGUUUUCAUAUUUAGAUAUAUGGCUGAAAAGUUUCAUAAAACAGUAUUUGCCUUUACUAUAUUAUGAAUUUUGACUUAUUUUAUUCUAUGUCAUUACUUUGUAAUGCCGGUGGUCACCUCUGAUUUCACAACUCACUAAUGGGCUGAAACACAUGGUUUGAAAACACUCCAUUACUAGGCUCUGAGUGUUUUUGUGACCUUCGUAAGCCACUCCAUACCUAUAAAGACAUGUGAGUUAAACUGGAAAAUAGUAUACUACUGAGGAUUCAGACGUGAAUGUGACAUCACCUGUUUAUGAAAAGGCCAAAACAGCUGGCAAGAUUUCUGCUUGAACAACAGCCUUUGGAAGUUCUACCAGGAGGAACAGAGACAAGGCUGACUUGGAGAAAGAGCUGGCAGAUGACACACUUUAAGGCAAUUACACACUUCGCACAGAGACCAAUGUUCCAAUGUGUGGGUGGUGCUGAAGUGGGCCUAGAAGAAAGCAGAGUCUUCUUUCGUUCUUGAUGGCUUGUGCUCAAGGGUAAGCCCUCUUUAGUUGUGUUUGCAAGACCAGGGCUUCCUCGCAGCCCUUCCGGGGUUCUACCUGCUUUAGCCACACUAGCUCAUUUAGAAAACAAGCAGACCUACACCCACACAGACACCACAGGAAACCACUCAAGGGUUUCAAAGGAACCCGAUGUGUGAUUUGGAACAUUCAGGCAGGCAGCUGUCCUGUGCUGGCAUGUACAGCAAAGUGGCUCAUCUCUGCCUCAGAGUGAACGGGGCAAACGUCACCUUCCACGUGUUCCGGGACCCACCGAGCCUCCCCCGGUCUGGGCUCCACGUGCAGCCAGGUGAGGCCCAGUGCCCUCUCAGAUGCACAGACUCUUUCCUCUCAUGGUCUCCUGGUGCCCGGCCAGGGCCAAGCUGAAGUGGAAGUUUCCAGCAGCCCUGCCCACCUGGAGCUUCCUGAUAUGGCUCCUGAGAUGAUCCGUGAAAUGGUGGGUCCCCCCACAGGUCUCCCCACAGGGCCUGCAGGCCCCUGGCUUCCCUUGGGACCCCCGACCCCCAGACAGAUUCACGUACUGCAGGGCAGCAGGUGGCUAGAAGUGCCUGGUCCUGCUCGGCCACAGCAGGCACCUUCUUCGUUUGGCAUUGCCGGCGGCUGCUCCUGCUGGAGACACCCUGGGGCCCUGCCCACCCACACCCUCUGCAUGAGGCCUGGGCACCCUGGCCUUGCUGCAGGGUGCCUGGGGUGACAGGUGUUCGGGCUCUCCCCAGCUGUGCCACUCCCCUGGCUGGCUCGUGGAUGACUGACAGCCUGCGGGCUACGGUGAGAAGUCCUGGUCCCCCUCCCGAGGGUCCAGAACCUUCUGCAGCUGGCUUUCCUCCCACGUGGCAGUGCCCCCAAGAAGCAAAUGAGGAUUUCCCUCGUGAGCGUCUCACAGGCUCUCUUUGCUUUCCUGCCGCCUGAAACAAGGCCACAACGUGAGUGGUCCUGACUCACAGGGCUCAGAGAAGGAGACAGCUACGGGAGCAGUUUUGGGCGAGGAUGGAGGGUCUGGACAAGCAGGGAGGAGUGGGCAAGAGCAUGCCAUCAUCGAUGAACUGAGGGAGCUGAGAACUCGGGCCGGAUCACAGUUGCUGAGGGCUGUGGCGCGGGCCAGGGUGGUCCUGUCUGCUUUCCUGCCUCUGAGUGCCUGAGCUCGUGUUUGCCUGAAAGAAAGACCCUCACUCCCCGCCCACCUUACCGCUAAAAUGGCCACAUGACCCAGUGCUGGCCCAAAAGCUCAAGUGGAAGGGCUCCUACUGCCGUGAGAGUCGGGCCAGUCUGCCCAGACUGCGAGCUGACGCUGGCAAUGGACUGUCUGAGCCAGGACUGUCACCAGCAAGGGCCAACGCAC